AGUUAACUACCCUAUGAUCGUCGUCUCGAUCUGGACCAUCCUACUAUUGUCGGUUACGUCUUCAGGCGUGACCCACGAAAAUGAGGACAUCCCCCUUAAUGAAUGGCCGAUGCUCAUGAGUCACGAUUCUGGUACCGGCUAUAUAUCCAAAUUGAAUCCAUUUUGGAAGAUAGCCAAAGUACAAGAAGGGGGCUUUGCUAAGCAGCUUGAUUGCGGUGUGCGAGCAUUCGAUCUGCGUUUCUUAUGCAACACAGCAGGGCUGUAUAUGCAUCAUGGCAUUCUACCCAUUAUUCACAGCUUCACUGAUGCUUUGAAGGAAGUCAAAACAUGGGCUAGUGCACAUCCACAAGAGUUGAUAUUGCUUAUAAACAGCCACUAUUCUCCCAAUGAUGAUCAUUGUAGAGCGAAGGUAUGGCAGGCCAUGGCCAGUCUUGGUCUUAUGACUCCUAUUGGAUCGGACGGCUCAUGUGAUAAGUUGCAAGGUCUCUCAGUCAGACAAGCUAAGGCCAAGUCUAAACUUGAAGAAGGUGGAAACAUCUUCGUUGUCGAAGGUGAAGGUAAGUGCCUCGACGCAAACUGGAACCCUAAGCUGACAUGCUAUCGCCAGAAUGGAGACUGCCGUAGAGGCUCACCUGGUAGCGACGUGAUCAACAAGGAGAUGCUCAGCUACAUCAAUGAAACUGCCUCUCACAAACCGACGUCUAACCAUCUGGCUACGAUCCAGGCACUUUGGCAGUAUGAUGUCGACUCUGUAGGAAGGAUGCUCGCUGACGGGUCGAAUAUCCUCAAGGAUUCGCAACUCAGCGGCCUCCACGAGGAACUCGUUGAUGUUAUCCCACAGCUGAAGUAUGUUAAUCUCCUUGAAGUCGACGAUGCCUGCUUUGGCGGGACGGAGUUGUUAGAAGCAUUGCGGACACGCAGAAGUCGGUAACUACUGCAGCCAACUCUGCAGCCUGAAUAGCAAGGCCUGAAUAGGGUUGUAAUUCUAUCAACAUGAUUAUUAUAUCAUCAUUUAGUGCUCACUACGAUAUAUUAUAUUGUUCGAUAUCAUGAGCAUAUUGAACAGGAGGGUAGAUAGGUAUAACGGAUCAAAACAUAUGGUGACCGCGUCCGAUCCAUCAGCUUUAUUAUUUUUAUGUUUGGGUUGAUUGUUCGCAUAUAACAUAUUCUCAUAUGUUGGAUAACAUGCAACUCGGCUAACAACACGGCGACCUUUCUUGGGCUUUCUUAUGCCACUUAUUGCUU